AUGGAAGUAGGAGUGCGGAUAGUGGGCAUCAUCCUUCGUAUACUAAAUUUCUUACUCGCACCCAUCUACUGGUUGCGAUUACGCAACUCGCAAAAAGUACCACCGAUAAAAGAUAAGUUGUUAUUACAAAGCGUUACGGACAUCAUCAAAUCUAUAAAGGAUGGAAAUAUAUCAAGUGAAGAAGUGGUAUCCCGCUUCAUAGCCAGGAUACAAGAGGUGAACCCAUACAUCAAUGCGGUGGUCGACGAGCGUUAUCGCGCGGCAUUGGACGACGCUCGACAAGUUGACAGAUUGAUAUCUGAGGCUCGGACUAAAGGGGAAAUAGAACAGCUGUUCGCCGAGAAACCUUUGUUAGGAAUACCUUUUACUGUGAAGGAGAGUUGCUCUUUGGCAGGGCUGUCGAACGCGGUAGGAUGCCUGGAGCACGCGGGGCGGCGCGCGCGCGGCGACGGCGCGGCGGUGCGGCGCGCGCGGGCCGCGGGCGCGCUGCCGCUGCUGGUGUCCAACACGCCCGAGCUGUGUCUGGGCUGGGAGACCGCCAACCUGCUGCGCGGCCGCACGCGCAACCCGCACCGCCUGGCCGCCACGCCCGGCGGCUCCUCGGGGGGCGAGGCAGCGCUGCUCGCGUGUGGCGCGACGCCGUUCUCCGUGGCGUCGGACAUCGCGGGCUCCAUCCGCAUACCGGCCGCCUUCUGCGGCGUGUACGGGCACAAGCCCACGCCUGGUAUAAUCUCUAUCGAGGGGCACAUCCCGACGCUGUCGGACGAGAACUACGCGCGGCUGCUGACGGUGGGCCCCAUGGCGCGCCACGCCGCCGACCUGGCGCCGCUGCUGCGCGCACUCGCCGCGCCCGCCGCGCUCGCCGGCCUCGGCGACCCCGUCGACAUGGCCGACUUGACGGGUAGCAUACACACCGAGCAAACGUACUGCGUACAUGUUGACGCUCACCGAAGGAAAGCCUGCACCGUGCACAGAGUGCACGCGGAUUUCUUACAACAUACACUCCUCAACACUUAUGAUCGCCUGGUACUUCUGAUACGAGUACUAGGGCUUCACAAACCUCAGGGGAACAUUCAUUUCAUUCCCCCGACAUUCAUUCCAUGCCCCGUCUUA